AUGGAGGCCUGGCGAGGUCCGGCCGAGCGUGCCCUGCACUGGGGCCUCCCAGCCCUGGCCCUCGGCUUCUUUCUCUUCCACUGUGAUCCCUUCACCUGCUUCUCCUUUCUCUCCUCUCCUCCACCCGCCCCAAGUUUCGAGGACUCCACCCUGUCCACGGCCACUACCCUUGAGUCUAUCCCCAGCUCCGCGGGAGAGCCGAAAUGCCAGCGACCCCGCACACUGAUGCGGCAGCAGAGCCUGCAGCAACCGCUGAGCCAGAACCAGCGGGGCCGGCAGCCCAGCCAGCCCACCACCAGCCAGAGCCUGGGCCAGCUGCAGGCCCAUGCGGCCUCAGCACCGGGCUCCAACCCCCGGGCCUAUGGCCGGGGUCAGGCUCGGCAGGGCACCUCGGCCGGCUCCAAGUACCGGGCGGCUGGGGGCCGCAGCCGCUCCAACCCAGGCAGCUGGGACCACGUGGUGGGGCAGAUUCGAAACCGAGGCUUGGACAUGAAAUCUUUCCUGUUGCCUGCAGGAGGGAAGGCUGUAAAUACAGCCCCAGUGCCUGGCCAGACGCCUCACGAUGAGUCUGACCGCAGAACGGAGCCCCGGUCCUCUGUCUCGGAUCUCGUCAACUCCCUCACCAGCGAGAUGCUCAUGCUGUCUCCGGGUUCCGAGGAGGACGAGGCCCAUGAGGGCUGCAGCCGAGAAAACCUGGGCCGCAUCCAGUUCAGCGUUGGCUACAACUUCCAGGAGUCCACACUCACCGUGAAAGUCAUGAAGGCCCAGGAGCUGCCAGCCAAGGAUUUCAGCGGCACCAGUGACCCCUUCGUCAAGAUCUACCUGCUGCCUGACAAGAAGCACAAACUGGAGACCAAGGUGAAGCGGAAGAACCUGAACCCACACUGGAAUGAGACCUUCCUCUUCGAAGGUUUUCCCUAUGAGAAAGUGGUGCAGAGGGUCCUCUACCUCCAGGUCCUGGACUACGACCGUUUCAGCCGCAAUGACCCCAUUGGGGAGGUGUCCAUCCCUCUCAACAAGGUGGACCUGACCCAGAUGCAGACCUUCUGGAAGGAUCUGAAGCCAUGCAGCGAUGGGAGUGGGAGCCGAGGGGAGCUGCUCUUGUCUCUCUGCUACAACCCCUCCGCCAACUCCAUCAUCGUGAAUAUCAUCAAAGCUCGCAACCUCAAAGCCAUGGACAUCGGGGGCACGUCAGACCCCUACGUGAAGGUGUGGCUGAUGUAUAAAGACAAGCGGGUAGAGAAGAAGAAGACGGUAACAAAGAAGAGGAAUCUGAACCCCAUCUUCAACGAGUCUUUCGCCUUCGACAUCCCCACAGAGAAGCUGAGGGAGACCACCAUCAUCAUCACUGUCAUGGAUAAAGACAAGCUCAGCCGCAAUGACGUCAUUGGCAAGAUCUACCUGUCCUGGAAGAGCGGACCAGGUGAAGUUAAACACUGGAAGGACAUGAUCGCUCGCCCUCGGCAGCCUGUGGCCCAGUGGCACCAGCUGAAAGCCUGAGUGGGGGCCAGAGGAGGCCCCAGGGGCCAAGGCCUGGGUCCCCAUCAUGCCCUCACCACUUUAUGCACAAUGCCCAGCCUGGCCCCCCUGCCUUGGGUGAGGGGAGAACCCUGAGAGCUCAGCCAGGGAGGGGCACCGGAACUCUACUGGGCCCCGUUUCUAGGAAGUUCCAGCCCCACCCCCAUGAGUCCAGCUUGGGUGUGGGGGCUCUGGGAGCCGUUUCCCUGCUUUGCCUUUCUUUCCUGAUUUGCUGACACUAAAGAAGUGGGGGAAGCUCAGGAGCCAGAUGGGCAGCUCCCUCCAGAGGCCCGCCAGGUGGGCGUAGCCCCCCGUUUUCUUUAAGGCAGUGCCUGGAGUGGAGAGAAGCCACCCCUUCCCUAGCCCCCCUUUUUGGGGCCCAGGAGAGGAAGGCCGAGGCGUUUGGCCACGGCCUGGUCAUCCAGCCCAUCCCAGCUUCAGGUGCCGGCUGGGCCCUGGAUGCUGAGGAUAGUAUAUAGCCUGUGCUCUGGGGUCCUGGAGACAUGGCCCUGUGUAUUUGUGUUGUGUCUACCGUAUGUGUGUGUAUGUUUGUGUGUGUGUGUGUGUGUGUGUGUCCACGCACGUGCACACACGUGCACGUGUAAGCUCAUGCGCACAUGUGUGAAAGGGGGUGCUCACUCCCUGUCCCCCUGGGGCCAGCAGUGCUAACUGGCUGUGGAGAGUAGCAGAGUUUCAUGUGGAUGAGGUGGGGCUGGGUCAGGUAAAGGUUAAGGCCACAAGGAUGGUAGGAGAGGAAGGGUAUGGACAGCUGAGUAGAAGGAGUCGUCUGACCAAGGCAGAUGUUUCAGCUGCCUCCUGGCACCCAUUUUGCCUGUCUCUGUAGCCCCUACACCCAGAAUUCCCCAGCAGUGACUCCCUUACAGUGUCAUUCCUUGGGCCUGGGCUCACAUUUUGUAGGCACCGACUCACCAUGUGCAUGGCGUUCCACCAGGGCACCGCUCCCAUCCUUCUCAGGCAUCCCUAACCCCUCACCCAGGGACACCCCCCCGCCACCUUCCCAGAUCUCGUAUUCCAGCCAAGUUGGCAUCUGCUCCACACUCUCUGGCUUGGAUACAGUCCCUCAGCCCCACCUCUUACCCCAACAUAUCCAUUCCUUUCUUUGCAUUAUCUGGUCUGCCCCGGACCUUCUCCAGGCUGUCUUGACACAUUCUCCCACCCUCCCUCGUCCCCCCCAGAGCAGGCUCUUCCUGCACCACCCCCUACCAUGUGAACAGAGGAAGCAGGGAACAUUCCAGGAGUCUGAGGUUGCCAUAUCCAAAGAAGCUGCCGUUUUUCUUCCCAGCCUCUGCUGAGACUAGAACUGGCUUCCCCUUGGAAACAGCAGACUCCAGGAUGAUCCCUCUUAAAUCCCGUCAUCCCUCUAUGCUCUUUUGAGAAAAGCCCCACUGGUGACAGAGCCUCAAAACCAGUCCAGAGACUUGAGCCCGACAUUCCCAGAACUUACCACCAGGUGGCACCAGACCACCACAUCUGUGGUAACAGUUGGGGACCACAGUUCUACCCUGGCUGGCAACCUUGGCACCCCAGGAACAGAAGGGGCUCUGUACUAGAUCUCCACAUCUAGAGCACAAUGGAAACAUAGAUAUGUGGGCACAUUUUCCCUUAGUGAGAUUCUCCUUAAGCUCAACUUUCUGCUGUAGGCAGUGAGGUCCUUUUGCCCAUAAUCAAAAUGUUCUUAAAUUGAAUUUCACACCCUGUCCCCUGGUACCUGGAGGAAUCUCUUAUGUUGUAGGUGAAUCAUUUGUAGGGUGAAGAAUUCUAUUGUGAAACAAAUAGUUACCCAUAGUACUUGUAGAUCCAAAUGUUUCUAUACCGCAGCUUUUGCUUUAAGUGGGACCCUCCCCAACUGCCUUGCCCAGCUGGGUGUAGCCCCCAGGAAGGGACCCCAGAGGCUGUGUGGAAAUAGGAAAGGGUACUGUCAAGAGUCUGAAAAUGAAAGAAAUAGCGACUAUCCUUUACUCUGUCUGUCUCAGUUCCCUGAGCAUUCCCACGGGGCCGUCUGAGGGACCCAACCAACUUCCACCGACGAGUCUAAGCAUGGCAGAGGAUUUAUGGGAGUCUUGCUCAUGCAUUUCUUAGCCAAUCAGCUCAGAGAGCAUCCCCCACAGAGCUGGUUCCCCUCAGACCCUACCUAGGAACUCUGGUGACCCAACCUGGAAUUCCUCAGCCCCACACGUAGCUGGAGUGGGGCUACCGGCAAGCGGUUCCAAACGGUGGGCUAAGAGCAGAGUGGGUUUGCACAAGAGGCAGCUGGGUGAUAAGGAGUCUGGGUGUGGGACAGUUAGGGUAAUCGGGGAGCAGGGAAAGGGGGGACUUGAGGGUGGGGAGGGCACCAGAGCUCUGCUACCACCAUCCUAGGAUCUUGGGCAAGUCACCCACACUCCCUGGGCCUCAGUUUCCCCAUCUGUAAAAUGAUGGUAAUAAUACUUCACCUACCUCAUGGGGGAGGUUGUGAGGCCACCAUCACCUGACCUAGAGGAUCAAGGCAGGAGGGCUCUGAAGGUGCUACCCAGAGCAAAGUCAUCGCUGACACCUGAAAGCAAGGCCCACCUGCCCAUCCACCCUGCCCCACAGAGCCUCUAGGGACCACCAGAGCCGAUCUGUCUCUUCACUGUGUCCCAAGCCCCUUCUGAGUGUCAUCUGACAUCUUGUGGGCACCUUAGACUUAGCUGUCAUUGUUGUUUAGGUAUCCUUUCUUGUGACCAUCUUCUCCAUGUAACUGCUAUACAAAUUCCACCUGCCCCAGCACAGCCCUCCACCUGGCCUCUGGCACCAGAGGCCAGGGAAGGGACAAAGGAAAACAGCCACAAAAGAAAAAAAAAAA